UAAAUACGACGUCAUCGGGCGCCAGCCCCCGAGCCUGACGGGAUUGUGGCGGUCCUCUCUUCCUACUCGGAAGCGGCCUCUGCCUCCGGACGCUCUCAAGAUGGCGACCUCUCUGGGUUCCAACACUUACAACAGGCAGAACUGGGAAGAUGCGGACUUCCCCAUUCUGUGCCAGACCUGUCUUGGAGAAAACCCAUAUAUCCGAAUGACCAAAGAAAAGUAUGGGAAAGAAUGCAAAAUUUGUGCACGGCCAUUCACAGUAUUUCGCUGGUGCCCUGGUGUCCGCAUGCGUUUCAAGAAGACUGAAGUGUGCCAAACCUGCAGUAAAUUGAAGAAUGUCUGUCAGACCUGCCUCUUGGACCUCGAGUACGGCCUGCCCAUCCAGGUUCGUGACGCAGGGUUGUCUUUUAAGGAUGACAUGCCAAAAUCAGAUGUCAACAAAGAAUACUACACGCAGAAUAUGGAGAGAGAAAUUUCUAACUCUGAUGGAACGCGGCCAGUUGGCAUGCUGGGGAAAGCCACAUCUACCAGUGACAUGCUACUCAAACUGGCCCGGACCACGCCCUACUACAAAAGGAAUCGACCUCACAUUUGUUCCUUCUGGGUGAAAGGAGAGUGUAAGAGAGGAGAGGAAUGUCCUUACAGACAUGAGAAGCCUACAGAUCCUGAUGAUCCCCUUGCUGAUCAGAAUAUUAAAGACCGAUACUAUGGGAUCAAUGACCCCGUGGCCGAUAAGCUUCUAAAGCGGGCAUCUACAAUGCCCCGUCUAGACCCCCCGGAGGACAAGACUAUCACCACACUCUAUGUUGGUGGUCUGGGAGAUACCAUUACUGAGACAGAUCUAAGGAACCAUUUCUACCAGUUUGGGGAGAUCCGGACGAUCACUGUUGUACAGAGACAGCAGUGUGCUUUCAUCCAGUUUGCCACCAGGCAGGCUGCCGAAGUGGCCGCAGAGAAGUCUUUUAAUAAGUUAAUUGUCAAUGGCCGCAGACUCAACGUGAAAUGGGGCAGGUCCCAAGCAGCCAGAGGAAAAGAAAAGGAGAAGGAUGGAACUACAGAGUCGGGGAUCAAGCUAGAGCCUGUCCCAGGACUGCCAGGAGCUCUUCCACCUCCUCCUGCAGCAGCAGCAGAAGAAGAAGCCUCUGCCAACUAUUUCAAUCUGCCCCCAAGUGGUCCUCCAGCUGUGGUGAACAUUGCCCUGCCGCCACCCCCUGGCAUUGCCCCGCCCCCACCCCCAGGUUUUGGGCCACACAUGUUCCACCCAAUGGGACCACCCCCUCCUUUCAUGAGGGCUCCGGGACCAAUCCACUAUCCUUCUCAGGACCCUCAGAGGAUGGGAGCUCAUGCUGGGAAACACAACAGCCCCUAGCAUCUUCUCACCACCCCGUGGCUCUGCGGAAGAAAGGGCGUUUAAAAAUCCCAGUAAAUGAAUCUUGGAAUAAAUAUAUUUCUCCUUCCUUUGUAGUUUCCAUGGUAGCUGAAUGUGUUCAGAUGUGGGCAGUCAGAGAACGACAGCCAUGCUUUCCUACACAUAUUCAAAGGAUUGAUGGACUUCAUAUAAGCUGCCAUUAACACAUCUGGUUACUACUAUAACAUUACUAAUAAAACUUAAUGCCUCUUCCCUUACCUCUAUGGAGAACAAGAACUGGGUGAAUUGAAAUGUCCAAUGGAGUUACCAUCAUAAUUAUAUGUUCAUUUUGUAUCUUUUUUGGGGGGGCAAAAUUGACCUGCGGUUAAAAAAAAAACUUGACCAUUUUUAUGUCCAUUGGGUAUAUUUCUUUUUACCAUCUGAACAGAUUCCUGGUACUAAUCAUUGUAGUGGCCUGAGUGUGAUGUAAUGCUUCUGAAGUCACAUCCUCAGAGAGACAGUAGGAAACAGCACCCAGCACAGCCCAGGUCUUUUCUUAUCUCUCCUUUCCUCAUUUAUUACUAAAGGAAUCUGCUGAUAGUUUUGCUUCUCUACGAUACCAAAAAAGACAAAACAGAAAUUAGUUUUUAUUCCUGUCAAUCAAAUGGAAACACAAAUGUGGAGCUGUGUAUCAAUGAAGAGAUCUGGGAUGAAAUGAUUUCAAAGGACUUCUGGAAAACACUUUCACAAUCUGUAACACAAAAAACAUCGGAGUAUGUUUGAGUGGAAGACUUGUGAUCCACACAGAGACUUUGACCUUCAGCAUUCACCUUCGUGUGUCUUCAGUGUCUCAUUUUAAUUCCUUGCUUCUGGGCAGGGGACUAUUUGGUCUUAGGAUGUUUUGGAUAUAACUGAACUGUAGAUGGAGGGAAAAUUGAUGUUGUGUUGCGUUUUUGUUUUUAAAAAAUUAAAACGGGUCAAUUUU